CCACGACCGGUUACCCCAAAAUAUAAAAGCGACAGCAAUCGUGCGAGACCAAUCCUUUCCACCCCUCCACCUCUGCUGCUCGAACAACAUGGCCAUCCAACGGGAACCGGGCCAGAAAGGCGUCAACUGGUCUAACAUUGCUGUCGGCGCGAUCAUGAACAUGUGCCAGGUCACAACAUUAGGUCAACCUCUGGAGGUGCUCAAGACCCAAAUGGCAGCCAACCGGUCUCAACCCAUGAUGCAAGGCAUCAGGGCCGUCUGGGCUCGCGGAGGUGUAGCGGGAUUCUACCAGGGUUUGAUCCCAUGGGCAUGGAUUGAAGCAUCGACGAAGGGUGCCGUUUUGAUUUUCGCUGCCUCGGAGGUGGAGACCGCGACCCUGGGCUGGGGCGUCAAUCCCGCCACGGCUGGGUUGUUGGGCGGUAUGACCGGUGGUGUUGCGCAGGCAUAUGCUACCAUGGGUUUCACGACUUGCAUGAAGACCGCUGAGAUCACGCGCCAAAAGACCGCCGCUUCUGGCGUCAAGCCCCCUUCGACGAUGUCGUUGUUCAUGGAUAUGUAUCGGAAAGAGGGUCUUGCUGGUGUUAACAAGGGUGUCAAUGCUGUCGCCGUGCGGCAGUGCACGAACUGGGGUUCCCGAAUGGGUUUCGCCCGUCUAGCAGAGACUGGAAUCCGCAAGGCUCGGGGCAAAUCCGAAAGCGAAUCAUUGGGUGCCUUUGAUAAGAUUCUUGCGUCGACCAUCGGAGGUUCAUUAGCGACGUGGAACCAGCCGAUUGAGGUGGUUCGCAUCGAGAUGCAAUCUAUGGUCAAAGACGCCGCGGCCAACACGAACCGUCCCGCAAAAUUGACGGUACUGAACACCCUCGGUUACAUCUACAAGGAGAACGGUCUCAAGGGUCUCUACCGCGGCGUGACCCCUCGAAUUGCUCUCGGCGCGUGGCAGACGAUUUGCAUGGUGUCCCUCACAGAUUAUGUGAAAGACUGGGUGAAGGGGUAGUGUCCUGACGGCCGGUUAUUAUAUAUAUAUCGUAUUUCUCUUUAGUUUCCUCGCAGAUUGGAUGCUACUAGAUGUACUAGAUCACGUACUGGAGAAGCUGAAUGUCGACCGGCCCGAAAGAGCCCGAGACGCACACGGAUCAAUAUUGAUCAUCAAAUGCAAUGUCGCCACGAUGAAAUCACCCAUCUGCAUGCUCAAAGCACCCUCACAACAUCGGCCACUCUACUGCCCGGUGUCAUCUUUACUACCAUGAGCAUACCUGCAAAGACUCACCCUCUCCUGGCCAAGUACCUUCAGUCCCUUGCGACCCAUCCUCUCCGGACCAAGGCCCUCACAACCGGAACAUUAUGUUUCCUCCAAGAAAUUCUUGGUAGCAACAUUGCUGGACUGCCCGUUAACAAGCCGGCCCCGUACGUCAAGUUACGUAUCAAUGAGCACUUUCACUCAACUCGAGCUCCGUCUUUGCAGGAGCGCGCCCGUGCUGGUUCAGCUGCUAGCACGGUCGCAUAUCGACAUCCGAGCGGUGAAGAUGGCGCUAUAUGGCUUCCUUGUUUCUGCCCCCAUCAGCCACUACCUCGUCGGCGCACUGCAGAAAGCGUUUGCUGGCAAGACGAGCCCCGCUGCUAAAAUCGGACAAAUUGUCGCGAACAACCUCCUCGUCGCGCCCAUCCAGACGAGCGCCUACCUGGGAUCCAUGGCUAUCAUCAGCGGGGCAAAGAGCAUGGAUGAGGUGGUCAAGACCGUCCGGGCGGGUUUCCUGCAGGUCAUCAGAAUGCAGUGGAUCGUCAGCCCUGUGGCGUUGGUAUUCGCCCAACGAUUUGUUCCUGUGGAGCUGUGGGUUCCAUUCUUCAAUGCUCUUCAGUUCGUGUUGGGAACAUACUUCAAUGCCCGGGUCAAAACUCUGCGCCUGGCUGCAGAGAGGAGGAAGGCAAAGGAGGAAAAGAAGGAGUAAUGUUUAUUUCUGUAAUCAACUGGCGCGAAGAUCCGAGACUACGAGAGAUCCUAAUUGUGGCGUUUGUUGAUAUCUAAGGCGGACCACUUCAUUGUCAACCUCCACGACCUCUGUGUCAAGCUCCCAGCCGUCAAGCGAGUAUGAUCCGGGGCGGUCGAUCCACAUUCGCGGAGUCAAUGUCGUCGCUUCGAGAGGUCCCAAUGUGCCUCGGAAGGUCACACGCCCGGAAUAGUCUGGCACAGGAUUCUCUCUAGUUGUCUCUUCAGCGGGCCGUUCGAAGCAAAGGGAAGAGGGAAGAACUAACGCAGAGCGUUCUUUCUUAAGUCGCAGAACAAACCGCGAAUGGUUAAAUGGCGAGUAGUUUCUGACAGUGAGAUCUAUCGGCACUUGCGAUAGUCUAGCAGAAUGUCAGCUGGACCCCGAUAAUCAAUGCGCCACAAUUAUUACCCUUUUGAGAAAUCAUGCGAGAGAAGGCGCUGGCCGAUAGACAGGAUGUGUGGGUUCAUCUCUGAGUUCCACUCGCUGCGCUCGAUUGCUUGCACGACCUCCGUCCUCUCGCGCUGUGUUUCAGCAUACAUGCUGCGCGUGACUUUUGUGUUCUCGGCCUCUUGCAGGAUUUCGCGCAGGGGAGCAUGGCCGGCACCGAGUGUGACGCCGGGAACAAACACGUGACCCGAACGCUCUUGAGCAGGGAUUUCCCAGUGCACGAUAACGUCGACGCAGUGGGGAUUGUAAAGCGGGAAAACAUCUGGGAAUGAUCUGGAAGGGAUAUGUGGAAGGUUGGCUGCUAUCUGCCGUAGCGUGUGAUUGCGGCGACUGCACUCGUGGAAAUAUCUCUGAGCCGGCAGAGGAGGGCUUGU